AUGCCGAAAUAUUGUUCGGUACCAAACUGUGAAAACGACUCGACGAGUGGACGCGAUCAAAAAAGCUUUUACAAAUUCCCGCUGCAUGAUCCGGAGCAGCUGCAGUUGUGGCUAAGAAACAUCGGGCGUGACAACUGGACUCCAUCUCGACACCAUUACGUCUGCCACGAGCACUUCGUGUCGUCAUGCUUCAAGGUACACGUGGGGAUUCCUUGCCUCGAAAGUGACGCCGUGCCCACAGUCUUCCGGAGAGUGGAGAAACGCAAAGUGACGGAUGACGAUGAGAAGUACGCCAAAGUGCUUCGCAGGGAAUCUGACUCAAUGGAGGCGUCCAUCCCGUGUGCCAUGGAGAGAUGCUCAAACACAGACGCGAACCUCCCUUACCUAACCGCGCUACCCGGCGUACUUCCAUUAUUGCAACCAGUGGCUGAGCAACACAAUGGCGAGUGGGUUCUGCUGCCUAGCAACAGCGACGAGGCUAUAGUGGGCACAGUGGACCCUCGUGAAACGCAUGUGAUCGCCUACCUGGAGUCUAUACCCAACGUUGUCUCGGGCCAACUGCUGGUCUCCUCAGAAACGGUGUUGUCGUCAGCUUUGAGCUCUGAGCCCAUCACGUCCACGCUGCCUAUCGUGUCCAAGCACGCUCCUCCGCGGCCAUCGUCGCCAUCAAUGCCCCUCCUGGCGGAGGGAGACGAACUGCAGGAUGAUGAUGAGGAGGAUUUGGAGAGCUGGGACCACCAAUUGGAGGAGCACUGCUACCACAAGCACCGCCUGAACAAGGAGCAGCUGGAGGCCGUGGUGGCCGAGCUGCAAAAGAAGGUGAAGGUCUUGCACCAACGGCACCGGCGCCACUUAAACAAAAUGCUGGGCCUGGAGAACACUGUCAGUCAGCUCAGGCAGAAAAACAUGAUGACGGAAGAGAGGCUGCAGCUCUUGGAGAGGGCGUACCUCCAGAACAGCGCCGACACCGGGGAAACAGUCGCCAUCAUCUACGAGGAAGACGACGCAGCGUUUUUCUACACUCUCGGCGACAGCAAGGACAAACUGUGA